AAUUAAACACCUUAAGCCACUUUCUUCCCACAAGUGAAGAGAAAUAAAAAGUAGGUGGAGUCCAUGAAAUAUAAUCUCUCUUCACUAACUCUCUGAUGCUCCAAACAAGAGAAAAGUCAUCUCUCUUCACACUUUCUCUCUCGACAAUCUCUCUCACCUAUCUCUUGCCUUCCAAACACAGUGCAAGUUAGAACAGUAAAAAGGGACUCAACUUCCUCUAGAAAAGACCUAAGAGCAAGAUCAAAAGACUUAAGAGCAAGAUCAAAAAUAAAACGGUGUAAUAUUCUUGACUAGUUUGAUAAAACUGUGCAACAAUGUCUGUUCUCAGCGCUCUCAGAUCAUCAAAACUCAUCACAUGGAAACCCACGGGGAAGCUUCAACAGACCCUAGGAGGAAGCGUGGAGCGGAAGGGAAUCUCGUUGCAUUCGGGGAAGGUAUCGACGGUGAGAUUGUGUCCAGGAUUUGCAGGUCAAGGAAGGUGGUUUGAGUUUAGGAACAGUUUAGUUCCUGCUUCUGUUGAAUUUGCUCAGGUUUCGCCACUUUGUACUACUUUGUGUAAAGAUGGGGUGAGGAUUAGGACUGUUGAGCAUUUGCUUUCUGCAUUGGAAGGUUUUGGGGUUGAUAAUUGUAGGAUUCAGAUUGAAAAUUUGGAUGAUCAAGGUGAUGAUGCUGAGAUUCCUAUAUUUGAUGGGUCGGCGAGGGAAUGGGUGGCUGCCUUGGAAGAAGUUGGUUUAGAGAUAGCAACUGAUGCUGAUGGGAAAAGCUGUGAGAAAAUAGCUCCACAUGUGAAUGAACCGGUACAUGUUUGGAGGAAUGAUUCUUUUGUUGCUGCAUUUCCUUCAGAAAUGGUUCGAGUAACUUAUGGCAUAAACUUUCCACAGGCAUCUGCAAUUGGCUGCCAGUGGUUUUCUACCACCCCCUUUGAUGAUUUGGUUUAUUCCAUGCAAAUAGCAUUGUCCAGAACCUUCUGCAUCUAUGAAGAGGUUGAGCAAAUGCGAAAUGCUGGACUUAUCAAAGGAGGUUCUCUAGAAAAUGCCAUCGUGUGCAGUGCUAGUAAAGGUUGGUUGAAUCCACCUCUUCGUUUCAGUGAUGAACCAUGCCGUCACAAGAUUUUAGAUCUUAUUGGUGAUCUCUCGCUGUUUGCUCAGUUUGGUAAUCAAGGACUCCCAGUGGCACACAUAGUAGCUUACAAGGGGGGCCAUGCAUUACAUCUUGAUUUGGCACGCAGACUGAUGGGAAUGACGUGAAAAGUUCACAUUUCCUCUGAUAACCUAGAAGCUAUUGCAAAUUUUGGCAAAUUUGUUGCUGAAGUUCAACCUUAUGCUUUUGAGCUCCUGUUUGGCCAUGGUGGAAUGCCGAAAUGCAUAGACGACUUGUCAUAAUUUUGUUUCUCGUCAUUCUCUCUUUCGGAACCAUCAAAGAGGUGCAGGAGGCCGACCAAGUCCCCCUAGUAUUCCUACCAUUUAGUAAAUAUAUUAGUUAUAAUCAGGAUCAGUUAUGUUUCGGUACCAUUUGAUAAAAAGUAUUUAUGUAUUAGUCCAAUCAUUACACUCGGUAGGAAUUAAUAAUUAAACUUCUUAAUACUAAUCUACAGGCCAGUGAAUUUAUACAAGGAAAAAUUGGGGAAAGAUUUGGAUUGUGGAAUUCCAUGACCAUGGAAACAGAUUCCCCUCACUAA